CCCUUAAAAGUUAAGUCUUUUUACGUUAAAUGCCGAAUUUGCAGAGUGACAAUUACUGACUUUCUAUUCCGUUUAAGCUGCUGUAAUCAGGGACGCGUUUAUAAUCGCGGAUGAAAAUUCUCCGGAAUGGCAAAGACUGUUUUAUGACUCGGCGACAGACUGUGCUACGUAUCACCAAAUUGGAUUACUUUUGUGACAAAGUGUCCUCUGGGUUAAUAGUGGAAUAAAUUGUAUGUCACUGUCAGUGCCAUGCCGCUUAGAUCGUCGGACGCUUCGUCGAGGGACACCCUUAAUGCUCUCGCACAAUCGGAGGAUCGUCGUCGUACCGGAAGAUACGUCGCGGGUGGAACGGCCCUCGCAUUUACGUUGCUCGGGCUGUAUCAUCUGUUUCUACGGGGUGCAUCCACCAUAGCGGGUGUGUGCGUACCCGCUAUUAUAAUGGCAUCGUACAUAAUCUGGGUGCUAUACGCGGCCCGCAGAGACAGGCGGAAGGCGCUGAGGUAUGCCACGGCGCUGCAGCUUACUGAGGUCAUUAGUGUGCCUUCCAAAUCCACGUGCGACGCAAAGAUUUGCAAAGAUGCUAAGAGCAACGAUGCCUUUGGUAGGAACCUGUCGAAUCUCUACACCUUGCGGGGCACCCAAGAAAAUCUAGCUUUUUCCGAUAAAGACGAAGUGUGAAAAACCAAGAUUCGAUAAAGAAACGUCGCGAGUGUAAUUAUCGCCAGUGAAUGCUCAAAGACGUUGUAUUGUUAAUUAAUUAAUUGUUAACUAAUGUCGUCUACUUUUUAAGAAUUUAUUCUUAAAAAUUUCACGUAAGACACGUUUGACAUAUAUAAUACUGUAUGUAUAGGUUGAAAGUUUUUUAUAGGUAAUGUAGUCUUAUAAAAGUAGAAGCUCGUUUUAUUACUUGCAAUUUUAAUUUAUUCAAUAUGCAAUUUUAAUUCUACUCUAAAAUUGAAAGUAUAGUCUUUGAAUUGUGAGAUUUUGUAAUCUCGUAAAUUAAA